UAUGAGCAAUCACGUGACUUUUGUUGACACACAGUAAAAAGUAAUUUAGCGGUGUUUGUUUCUGUAUCUAGCAAAGUAGUUUAGUUGAAGUCAAACAUACGAUUAUCUGUGAUAGUUGUGUAGCUAUUUGAACGAUGGGUAAAAUCUGAAACACCUGCUAUCCGUGGUCGAUUCGUCUGUCCCCAGUGCAAAUGUUAACUAGCUAGCACUGUGAUAGCAUAGCGGGCUCUAUGUAUGUUUUAUAUUGUUUAGGUUGCAACCAGUCUUUCUGACAUGGCGUCGCCUGCACCGGGAGUCCAGAACAAGAACCGUGUUGCCAUUUUGUCUGACCUCAACAAGGAGACGAGACACUUGAUACAUAACUCAUCCAUGAAUAACCCUGGAGCUAGACCUGCCCUGAAUAAAUCCUUCAGAGACCACACUGAGCAGCAGCACAUCGCUGCCCAGCAGGAAGCAGCUCUGCAGCAUGCCCAUGCUCACUCUUCUGGUUUCUUCAUCACUCAAGACUCGUCGUUCGGGAACCUCAUCCUCCCUGUGCUGCCACAAUUAGACCCACCUUCACCAGCAGAAUAACAGAACCUGAAGAAAACACGACAGAAAGUCCAACGGUUAAAAGCAGCAUGUGGCCAUGGUGUGUUACAGAUCAGCUGUUGGGUGUUGUCCAUUCAACAUGUAGAAUCGUCGGGAAAUGAACUGAAAUUGGCGGUAUAGAUAUUCUGGUCAGAAGUGGUAUUAAAUUUUGAGGGCACCCGCUGCGUUUCAGGACAUUUAGCCAUUAGCUGCUCUGGAGUUUGUUCCCUUCCAGAGGCCACUAGACCUUCCAUCACCAUGGAGACUGGGGAUGUGACAAAUGGAGAAUUUCUGUUAACUUUAAAACUGCCUGUUUUUUUUAUUGGUUUUCCGAGAAAAAUUAAUACAAUUCCGCUGUGCUUCUGCCAGCAACGGU